AUGUCGAGCUUUCUAAGAGGCAAGCAGGCGGGCAUGUCAAAUGACUUGUCGGCCGCCAUCCUGCCAGAGCUCUUUGCGCCCGACGAUCGCUUUCGCUACGGAAUUAACUCUCAGAUCAGUUGUAUCGCAUACGAACCGGUUCAAUCUCUCAUUGCAGUCGGAACCAAGCAGUCGAAAUUCGGAACCGGCCGUAUCGAGGUAUUUGGCCAGAGUCGAGUACACAAGUUCCUCGUGCCACCGCGGCCCUGCUCUUUUGCCGACCUACAAUUCUGCGCCAACCGGCUCAUCAGUCUCGACACCAAGAACGAAAUCAUAAUAUGGAACCUCGACACCGGGUCGCGAAUCACGGGCUUCCAUGCACCGGGCGUCAUUACUUCCAUGGUCACCGAUCCCAUGCUGGACUGGUGCUUCUUGGGAACUGCGAGCGGCGAGAUAGUCGCAUAUGAUUUGGACCGGGAACGGCUCUCGCCCCUGAAGCUUCCCAACUUCUGGCCUCAGUAUGACUCCAAGGCCAGGGCUGUUGGUUUGGUGUCGAUGCAGCUGCACCCCCGGGAUAUUGGCAAGCUCAUGAUUGCAUAUACCCAUGGCAUCGCCCUCUACUCCUUCAAGCAGAACAAGGCGACCCAGUUCUUUGAAUAUCAGGUCCCGCCGGGAGCUCCUGGAGGCAACACCAUUGCUGUCGAUUCCAUGAGGAAGCCCAAGGUCACCCACGCUGUCUGGCAUCCAACUGGCACCUUUAUACUUACGGCUCACGAGGAUGGGAGUCUCGUGUUUUGGGAUGCCAAGGAUGGUAGAGUUGUCAUGGCCCGAACAUUGUACGAUUUCAAUGUUGACAAGCCGGUUCCAAACUCUGGAAAUUCAAGUGCGAAGCACCCGUAUGUCCGCAUCGCCUGGUGCUGCAAAGAGAACCCCGAGGAUUCUGGACUUCUGAUUGCCGGUGGUCAGACAUUGGAUCAGCCGGCGAACGCGUUAUUGUUCAUCGACCUCGGUGUCACGCCCAAUUAUCAGACAUCCUCUUGGCAAGCCCUGGCCGACUACGGCAGAGGCAAACGCCAAAAUGUCCUCGAGACGCCGUCUGGUGCCGAGAUUGUCGACUUCUACUUGAUGCCACGAUACUCGCCUCAUUUUGCUGGCGCGCAAGACCCGAUUGCUGUCAUGACCCUCCUGUCAUCUGGCGAACUGCUCACUCUGAGUUUCCCCAGUGGAUACCCCAUUUCGCCAACGAACCAGCUCCAUCCCUCACUGUCAUUUGUGCAUCCUUUUGCAGUCAAGUUUACCGUUACAACCCUGGAGCGCUCCAGGUGGUUGGGCAUGAUUGAAACUCGCAACCAAGGCGAGCUUCUGUUGAAGGGAGGCAAAGAGGCACCAUUGCCGCACCGCAAGUUUGUUGGAAGAAGCAUCAUUCAGGUAGCUCACGCUGACGGCACAAUUCGCAUCUGGGACGUUGGACAUGGCGACGAAAUCGAGAAUCCCACUCAGCUGCAGGUGGACAUUGCCCGCUCCUUGAAUCGCUUUGACGACAUUAACAUCACGUCGAUGAGCAUGGCUUCCAACACUGGAGAGUUUGCAGUGGGCACGAGCGGUGGCGAAGUGGUUAUAUAUCGAUGGGAUGGUAACCGGUUCUAUGGAAAAAAUCAGACACAGCACUUGGACCCGAACCCUGGUGGCCUCACAGAUAUCAGCUCCCGAGCAGAGCCCUCGCUGAAGCAAGGUCUUCAGCCAUACUCGCUGUAUGAAAUGAUGCAGGGGCCCAUAACCGUCGUCAAAGUUGCCGAUGUCGGCUUCAUUGGUGUGGGCUCAGAGAAUGGCUUCUUUAGCAUCAUUGAUAUGCGAGGUCCUACAGUCAUCUUACAGGUGUCCAUGGCAGAGUUUGCCAAACAAGACAAGCGAUCGUCUUUUCUGAGGGGCGACAAGGGCCCAGCAGGUGCCAAGGAAUGGCCAGCAGUCAUCCAAUUUGGUGUCAUGACCCUGGAAAAUGACAAAUUCUCCAGCAUCUGCUGCUUUGUCGGUACGAACCAAGGGCGGGUCAUUACAUUUACCCUCCUCCCGGCAGGCAAUGGAUACACUGCCAAGGUCGCCGGAGUGACCCAUCUGAGCGACAAGGUCGUAGCCAUCUGCCCAAUCGUGGCAGAUACUGGCAAGCCAGCGUACGCCACUGGUCAUGCGGUUGCUGGGCUGCGGGAGGGCAAGCAGGUCAAUGGAUUGCUUGUUGUCGUGACCCAAACCGAAGCUCGCAUCUUCAAGCCCGCGUCCGCCAAGGGUGCUUCCAAAUCAUUUGACGACUACCUGUGCGAUGCGGCGUCUGUUGUUGAACUCGAUCUGCAUGGCAUGGCCUUGGUGGGUGUGUUUGGUGAUCGCAUGACUCGGGCCUUUUCGCUUCCAGGCUUGAAGGAGAUUGGAAGUGCACCACUCAAGAUGAUGGAUGGCAGCCGCAGCACCGACACCAUUGUCGACGAAGAUGGCAACGUUUUCUGUUGGACGGGCCCGUCGGAACUUGCCAUAUUGAACGUGUGGGGUGCCGGUCAAGAAAUUUCAAACACGGCAGAUAUUCUGAUCAACCCAGGACUGCGGAUUCCGGCGCGCCCUACAAUCUCCAACGUCCAGUGGCUAUCGGGCACGCAGUACAUAACACCUACCGACCUUGAUUUGCUCAUUGGAGGUCCAGAUAGGCCACCUAGCAAGCGCAUGAUUGCUGCUACAGCCGCAGAGCAGCAGGGUGGCGCAUCUGGACAGAUGAAUCCGGUCUACGCUGAUGCCAGGCGAGCAGAAGGAUGGGGUGAAUACCUGACCAGGUCACUCAAUGAACGAACGGAGAAGCUGAACCUCACUGGUGACGCAUUGGAAAAUGCAGCAGAUACCAGUCAGCGAUGGGCCGAGGAUGCCUCCAAGUGGGUGGGACAACAGAAGAGAAAUAUGAUUUUUGGCGGUCUCAAGAGCAAGUUUUUGUGA